AUGGUGCGGUUCAUCUACCAAUUUACCUCUAACCGCUGCUUAUUUAUCAUCCGUCUUGAGGUGUUCGUUGGUGAGAAGAAAUACGCCUGCGAAACAUGUAUCAAAGGUCAUCGGUCAUCCACAUGUAAACACACCGAUAGGCCUUUGUUUGAAAUCAAGAAGAAGGGCCGUCCCGUCACGCAGUUUAAGGAAUAUGGAGAUAGCACCAUGAAGAAAGGUAGUGUCAAGGUUCCAGCUUGCGCCGCGUUUCCCAGCGGGUUACCUGAAGAGCUGGAAGCGUCGGUCGCAUUGCAGCCUUCUACCGACCAUUCUGAUUCAGAGCACAGUGGCCACGCCUCGCCGAUAUCGUGUUCUUGCAAGGAUACUGGUUCCUGUGACUGUUGGACAGUUCGCCCUCCUCGACCUAAGCGCAAAGCUCCUACCCAUCGCGAGCGCCGUGGGAGUGCGGGGAGUUCAAGUACUCCGGAGACAGGUCCCCAAUUAACACAACCUGCCGGGCUUGUUGUCGACGCACAUUCGGGAGACUAUCGACCUGUUCUUCCGAGACCUUCCCUCUCUCAACAGCAAUCGCCUACUUUGGAAUAUCCUUCAGAUGCGUCCUCUUCAAAAGGGCCUGCCUCUCGCCAUCAGUCCCAUCAUGGGCAAAUGUUUUUUAGUCCCUAUGGAAGGGCAUACGAAUAUGCUCAUGGUCCGGAAUUUACGGCGUCCCAUGUAUCAUCCACAUUCCAGGCAGAUGAAUCUCCUUUGUCAUUCACCUCAUCCCCCGACGUGAAUACGACUGUCCCUCCCAUGUCUUCCUGGAUUUCUACGCUUACCGCCCAAGCUCAGGUUGCGCCCAUCUCCCCCGGUUCGCUGCUCCUGGAGAAUGCUGUGGAGGCCGUUGCACAUGUCCGGCGGGAUUUUGCGCAUGCGCAGCGGAUUGUUGCGGCUGCUGUCAAGGUUGUUCGUGCUCUGAGUGUAGGCACGACGAGGCGGAUAGAACUCUUACAUUCGCGACGUCAGGCGAACGCGCGCCUUGUUGUGGCCACCACGAUGGUCAAGGACAAGCCGCUUCGCAAAUCGUCCUUUCCAUGA